UUUUCCUUUUUUUUUUCUCCCAAGUCUCCGCUCGCUUUCUUUGACUUUGUCGCUUCGUUCAUCAUGCCAAAGCGCACUGCAGCAACGCUCGAGAGCUCGGACGCGGAGGUCGCCGCCGUGAAGGGCAAAUCGACUUCCACGCGGUUCCAGGACAUCUUUGGCAAGACUGCCGACACGGAGGCCGAGGACGCACUCGCCGAAGCGCAGUUUGACGACAGCGAUGACAGCGACGUCAACGACGACGACGACGACGACGAGGGCGACGAUGACGGCAGCGACGGCUCGUCCGUGUCCCUGGAAGACUCUGAGGCUGGCGAGACGGACAGCGACGACGAGCUCAUUGACGACGCCGACCCCGACGAAGACGACCAAGAGGGCGAAGAAGACGAUGGUGACGAUGACGAAGACGAGGACGAGGACGACGACGACGACGACGACGACGACGACGAAGGGGACGGAAGCGAUCCUGAAGCUGCUGGAGACACACGAGGCGUCCGCUCCAUGGAGCGUCUGCAAGCCGCUCGCAAACUGAACGCAAACAUCCAAGCUCAUCCUGGGAGUGACAGCGACACGGACUCGGACGAUGACGACGAGUUGCACUCCCGAAACACGCUCGGCAAAAUCCCGCUGCAUUGGUACGACGGCAUGCCACACAUUGGCUACGACUUGGAUGGCCAGCGCAUUACGCGACCUGCCACCAAGGACGAGCUGGAUCAGUUCCUUGACACGAUGGACAACCCGGAUCACUGGCGCACGGUGAAGGACAAGAACACGGGCAAGGAGGUUGUCCUGACAGAGGACGAGGUCGAAAUGAUCCAACGCCUCCAGACGGGUGGUUAUGCCAACCUGGACUACAACCCAUACGAGGACACGAUUGAAUGGUUUACGAGCGUCAAGCAGAUUCAUCCCAUCAACAACCGCCCUCCAUCCAAGCGUGCGUUUGUGCGAUCCACCUGGGAACACAAGCGUGUCAUGAAGUUUGUGCGUGCCAUUCGUGAAGGCCGCAUCAAGGUGGAAUCCAAGGACAAGCUCGGAACUUCGCGGCAAGAGCCCGAACACCGCGACUUUUACUUGCUCUGGAACGACGAUGAGGCGAAAACCGACGCACCCAACUCGGUCCAAAACUCUCAACACAUUGCCGCUCCCAAGAUGCGUCUGCCCGGCCACGAAGAGUCCUACAACCCUCCUCCAGAAUACUUGCCAACAAAGACUGAGAUUGAAGAGUGGAACAAGAUGGACAAGGAGGAUCGCCCUCUCAACUUUGUGCCUCAAAAGUUCAAGUCUCUGCGUCAAGUCCCCGCUUAUUCCCGCUUUAUCCAGGAGCGAUUCGAUCGCUGCUUGGAUUUGUACUUGAGUGCGCGCGUCAAGAAGAACAGGAUGAAUGUCAACCCCGAAUCGCUCAUUCCGCAAUUGCCGCGCCUGGACGAUCUGCAGCCGUACCCAACCACGCUGGCCCUGGUCUUCGGCCCGGGCCACCACACUGGCAAGAUCCGCAACAUGUCUAUCCAUCCUUCUGGCCAUUGGCUUGCAACGGGUGCGGACGAUGGUCUUGUGUGCGUUUGGGAAGUUUCCACCGCACGGUGUCUCUUCACGUACAAGGCUGGCGAUAUUGUUUUGGGCGUUGCCUGGAACCCGAAUCCCGCCAUCCCACUCCUUGCUGUCGCGGCAGGCAAACGAGUGCUGCUCCUCAACGCCAAUCUCGGUUCCAAGGAGGCUGUCGACCAGCUCGACGAGCUGCUCAAGGAGACGGCGCAUGCCGCCGCCAACGAGUCUGCCGCCGCUGCAAAGCAAGCCGAAAGUGACGACGAUGACGACGAUGACGAAGGCUCCGGCCGUAGCCGACGGGAAAGCAAGAGUCCGAGCACCAACAGCAACAGCGCAGCCAAUGCAAGCAAUGCUGCCUCGUGGGAGCCUGCCACUGCUUCCGAAACCUUGGCUGGUGUGCGUGUUAUUGUUCGCCUCAAUUUCCCCGUGCGCCAAGUCACCUGGCACCACAAGGGCGACUACUUUGCCUCGCUCACUCCGGACGCGCCCACUGCCGCCGUCCUUAUCCACCAGCUGUCCAAGCGCAAGUCCCAAAAUCCCUUCCAAAAGUCCAAGGGUCUUGUUCAGCGCGUGCUCUUCCACCCAACACGGCCUUUCUUGUUUGUUGCGACGCAACACUAUGUCCGCGUUUACAAUCUUCUCAAGCAGGAGCUUGCCAAGAAGCUCAUUUCGGGUGUCAAGUGGAUUUCCAGCAUGGACGUUCAUCCUGGCGGUGACAAUCUAGUCAUUGGCAGUUACGAUCGCAAGCUCUGCUGGUUUGACAUGUAUCACCGCAUGGCGCUUCGCUCUGUCGCAUUCCACAAGCGUUUCCCACUGCUUGCGUCUUGCAGCGACGAUGGUUCUACCCAUAUUUUCCACGGCAUGGUGUACAACGACUUGCUGAAGAACCCUCUGAUUGUUCCUGUCAAAAAGCUUACUGGCCACACGACUGUCGACGAUCUAUCGGUUCUUGAUGUCCAGUUCCACCCCAUCCAGCCAUGGCUUUUCUCCGCUGGCGCCGACGGCACUGUGCGCAUGUAUGUCUGA